AUGGCUGCAACCGUACGUUCAGUACGUUUCAGCGAGAAUUUACCAAAAGUUUCACAUUCAACGUUAGAAAAGGUCAUAGAAUCUGGCGAAGAAAGGUCACAAGAACCAAUUGGAGAACUUCCUCGAGUAUACGAUGAUGCCUUAUACUGUCCAUAUGAUAUUUACACUGCUGCCAGUUUAGGUGAUACAGCAACAGUUGAAGCUCAGCUUCAAUCAGGUUUUGAUGCGAAUCGUUUGAAUGGGAGUGGAUGGAGCACAUUAAUGUAUGCAGCUUAUCUCGGCCACGACGGAGUCUGCACGUUGUUGCUAGAAUCAGGUGCUUUGGCCGAUCUAACAAAUUCUCUUGGACAAACAGCUCUUAUGUUAGCUGCUACUUGCGGAAAUUUGUGUGCUGUAAGGUUAUUGAUACGCAGAGGCGUAGUCAUCGAUAAGCAAGAUAACGCAGGUGAUACUGCUUUAGCCUACGCAACUUCAUGCUCACAAACAGCUGUUGUAGAAGCUUUACUUGAUGAAGGAGCAAAUCCAAAUUUGCCUAACGUACAAGGCAUGACCCCUACGUUGACUGCGUGCAGUAUAGGACAUGAACUCACGUUGCUGGCAUUGUUACAAAAUGAUGGUGACCCCAAAUUGAACAAUGCAAAAGGUGAAAAUGGUGAAGCUUUAGCAUGUGAUAAUCCCAAAGCAAUUGCCAUAUUAAGGAAUCCACCAUUGAGUAAAAAAAAGCAAAACGAAUUGAAAAGAAGAACAGUAGAUGUGAAUUCGCUAGCAGAAUUAUUAUCAAAGCUGAAACUCGAGAAAUAUGCUUUUGGUCCGCGCAAGAAAAUGCUUAACGUCAUACAACAUUACCGAACAGAAGGAUCAUUUAUUCUUUAUACAAAUGAAUCAAAACAAAUAUCUUCUCACCAAGGUAGAGAAAAGGAACAACUUCAAACUUAUUCCCAACAGAUAACACAAGAACUAAUGGAAUGUCAACAGCAGUUAGCAGAAUGCCAGCAAGAACUUAAACAAGCCCGAAGUAUACUAAAAGAGCAUCGAGUAACGCUCAAUUCCAUUUCAGAAGCAUGCCGUCAUUCACGUAAAAUAGCUUACGCCAUGUUAGAAGAAAUUCGACAAUCCGAAGGUUCAGAAAGUACUCUACAGAAAGAUUUACUUGCUGUGAUCAAAGACAUGGACAAUAUUCUUAUGAAAAUGCUUGAACUUCCGCAAUAG